UGCGCGCGCUCCCGACGCCACCGAGCAGAAGCGGAGGAAACUUCCUCCACAUCCAGAGCAACAGCAAGAACCAGGAAGUGAAAGUGUACACAUGGAGGGUGUGUCUUUCCCUGCCAGCGAAUGUUUUAUUUUUAAAUUCCCCGUCCUCCUUGGAUAAAUCAUGGGGGACUCGGCGAGGAGCAAGCGGCGGGAGCAGCUGGAGCGCUGGGCCGAGUCCUGUACCAACAAAGCGUCGGCCGUGCCCAGGCGGAGGUGGAGGGGCGAUGCCGAGAACGGAGCAGGGGAUUCAGAGGACGCCGAGCUCAGUGACCCGCCCAGGGACCAGCCAGUGUCCGUGGACAGAGAUGAAUCCAGCCCCCUCCUCAAACGACGAAAAAGGGUGAGGUUCGACAGUGCUGCUGAGUUCCUGGCUGCUUGUGCCAGUGGGGACACUGAGGAGGCCCAGGUGAUGCUGAAGGAGGCCAAUGACACCAAAGUGAGGAACGGAGAAGAUGUGGUAGCAGAAAUUAUCAACUGUUCUAAUGCAGAUGGAAUCACUGCCCUCCACCAGGCCUGCAUAGAUGGCAGCUUGGAGAUGGUGACCUUCCUGGUAGAGCAUGGUGCCGAUGUGAACCAGGUUGACAGUGAGGGAUGGACGCCGCUGCACGUUGCUGCUUCCUGCGGCUACCCUGACAUUGCAGAAUUUCUCCUGCAGCAAGGUGCGUCUCUUUCUGCUGUGAACUGUGAUGGUGAUGUGCCUCUGGACAUUGCUCUGGAUGAGACCACCGAGUCCCUCAUUCAAGAUUAUACUUUGAGACAGGGUGUGGACUUGGAGGCAGCCAAGCGGCUUGAGGAGGAACAGAUCAUGACGGAUGCCCGUACCUGGCUCAAUGACGGUCCACCCACUGACAUAAAGCACCCAAGGACCGGGGCCACACCCCUGCACGUGGCUGCUGCCAAAGGGUACUUAGAGGCCCUCAAGAUAUUAUGUCAGUGUGGGCUGGAUGUGUCGGCUGAGGACUUUGAUGGCUGGACACCUCUCCAUGCAGCAGCACACUGGGGACAGGGGGAGGCCUGUCGGGUUUUGGCUGAACAUCUGUGCAACAUGGAGGCCCGCAGCAAUGCAGGUCAGACGCCCUUUGAUGUAGCCGAUGAAAGUGUUGAAGAGCUCCUGGAGGAAUUAUCCCAGAAGCAGGCCAAUUGGCGGAAUGAGCAGUCCAUAUCCGAGAGGCAAAACCCCCCAGGUUCAAACCCUGCAAAUCCUCAAAAACGGCGGAGGAGCUCAGUCUGCAGGAUGAGCAGUAAAGAAAAGAUGAAUGUGCAGGACCAGUCUAAAGAGAGGGGAGUUUCCGGAGGCCUUGAGCUGAAUGAGGAGAAAGACAGCAGUCCAGAAAGCUCCACUGUGUCCAGUCCAGACACUGAGAGUGUGACGACAUCUACAGUCAGCCCUGCUGACAAGACACCAGAGGAGAAAGAUGAGGUGGAGAAGGAGCAGGACAAAGCGAACCGUACAGCCAGAGUCCAACCCACUCCACAGACGAGGGAUGGUGUGGCUGAGAGCCCAAAUACCCCAAACACAGACAGGCGCAAAUUCCAGGCUCCAGUCAGAGAUGAAGAGUCUGAGUCUCAGAGGAAAGCUCGCUCUCGCAUGAUGCGCCAGUCUCGACGCUCCACUCAGGGUGUGACUCUGACAGAUCUGAAAGAAGCAGAAAAGACUGUGACUAAAGCUGCAGACCAUCGCAACAUCCAACCUGUCAGCCCCAUUGUUACUGUGACUCCUGCUGAAAGGGAUACAGACCCAGUGAAGCCUGCAGAGCCGGAGGGAGAAAAGCGCCUGGGAGUAAAGGACAGGAGGAGAGGGAGGAAGGAGAGACGCUCCACAGGCAUCAUUCAGCCAGGAGAGAAUGAAGAUGACGAUGCUCAGUGGGAGGAAACAGACAGUCACAGUACUGCCAACGAGAGUGAACUGGAAGACCCUACAGCCGGCUACAGAUCGCUGUACUUGAAGGUGCUGCAGGAGAACCUCUCUCUGAAGGACAAGCUGCAGGAGAUGGAGUUGUUGUUGAGUCAAAACAAAGUGGAACUGGAGCGACUACGACAGGUUGGGCAGAGUCAAGAAGGCAGCACAGAGAGGCCGGCUCUUCUGGAACUGGAGCGAUUUGAGAAGCUGAACCUCCAGAGGAAAGCUGUGGAGCUCGAGGAUGAGCUGAAGGUUCUGGGGGAUCUCAAAGCAGACAACCAGAGGCUCAAGGAUGAAAACGCCGCCCUCAUUCGGGUCAUCAGCAAACUUUCAAGAUGAACCGCUGAUUCAAAAAAAAGAAAACCCUACAUGGAGAUAAAAGUAUUCUAUUCUUGUUUUGCCCGACUCACACAUCACAGAGAGCGGGAGCCUUGAACACAGCACAUUCAGCAGUAACUGGAACAGUGUAAAGAUUUCAGGGUUAUUUGCCUGUUUGGGCCUUUAUGUUUUGGCAGAUCUACUGUAAAACAAGCUGAACUGCACCUCCUGUGGACUGACGGGGCAUUCCUGUUCACAUCCACUUUUUUAUUCAGUUUUUAUUGUUGUAUUUUUUUAACUGGAAUAUUUUAAUGUGCUUUGCUCCUCUGAUGCUUUGUAUAUAGAGUCUGUAUUGAGAGUCUUAAAGCCAUGCACAGUGCCAGCUAACGGGAAAUAUCUUUGAAUGACCUCUUAAGAGGUAGACUAAUGAUGCCAGUCAGGUUUAGCGGGUGGUUAUGGGAAAAAAGUUAAAUGUGCCAAAAACCAGCCCUAGUUUUGCAUGUCAUUCGGGGAUAGCUCAGUGGUCAGUGUUGUUUCUCAGGAUGAGUGAUGGCUUGAUGCUUUCUGCUCUGGCUGACUGCUGUAAAGGUGGACCAAAUUUGCAUGCUCACUCCUCCCUGCUCCUCUGAAUGUAUAUUUAUGAUGUAUAUUUAUGUACAGGGGUCGCCUGUCCCGACAGUGAUGUAAAGGUGUAAUCUUGGUUUCUGUUGUACAACACGACAUUGAGCAAUUUUUGGGUGCUAAUCGUGGACGUCUAGACAGAUUAAGAGGGAUUUAUACAGAACAUGUUACAUACACCAGAUCUUUGUUGAGGUUAAGGAGAAUGCAUGCUCUAUCUUUUAGUACUGUAAGUCAGUAGUUAUUUCACUUUGCUUUGUUGACUGGACACUUGUGAAAGCAAAGACCCUUAAGCUAAGUAUUCACCCUGUGACAGACGGACCAGAGGAGUCAUCUCUUGAAUGUUUACUCUAGUUUUAAAGAAAAAACCCUGCAUGUCAAAUUGUCUUUUGAUGCUGUGCCUUUCAAUAUACAUUUCUAUGUCAUAUUUCUAUUUUGCUUCAGUAAACACUGUAAAAUAUAAAAUACAUUAAGGGCAUAAAUUAUUAAGCCUG